AUGUUGAGGAAAGACCCAAGGUUGCAGAUCAUUGGACAAAGGCUCAAGAGUUAUAGUGGUUCGUCGUCAUCGGCUUCAGUUAAUCUUCACGCAGCAACAGCAUUUGAACGUUUAUCUGAGUCUGUCAGUAGCAAAACUCACACUCUAAGUAGUGAUUCACCUGUUCUUCCAGUUUCUGCUGAGAUGGCCAAGUUGCUCCCUCAUCGUAAAGAGAGUGCGAAAGGGUCUGAUUUAAUGUUGGAGGCAGUUCUUGAAGCUGAAGUAGCACACAAAGCUAAACACUUUUUUGCGCAAGCCGAAAAGGAAACUCCAGCUUUAAAAGGUGAACCGAAAUCUCUUCAAACCAAAGAACUUAAGCCGCUCACGUUUUUAAACUCAAAUUACAUGCUCUCAUAA